UAGUCUGUCAUGAACGAAUUCCAAACGCUUCUGACGUUCCUCGGCAUCCUCGUGACUGCAGACGGCAAUGUACUGGACAAGUACACCCGCGCACCCGGAAAUGUAUAUCAUGGUAGGUAUACGAGAGAUAUCCACGAACCGGAGCUCCUCGUACCAAGAAAAGUGUUCGAAGAUGGCAGUUUCAACACGUACUCGUUGCCAAAUUUUUACGAUCGUCAGGAGGUUAGCGAGCGCAGGAAGAGGUCGACCAACGAAGAAGAUCAAUCGGAGAUAGACAAAUUACACCUGAUACUACCCAUUAAUGGGAUCGAACACCAUGUAGAACUUAGCCCAUACCAUGAAUUUAUCUCGCCAGACAUGGUGAUAGAAACACGAGGUUCAGGUAUAAGUACUAAUUUGAACGACGCUGUGAGAUUCAAACGGGCCCCGGAUCGCCAGUGUCAUUACAGAGGCGUCAUUAGAGGCCAUCAUGGGUCCAGAGCUGCACUGUCCUUGUGCGAUGGCGUGGCUGGCUACGUGCAAACCGAUCAUGGUCGGUACUUCAUCGAGCCACUGCACGAAGUGAUACCGGAAGUGGAUGGUCAGCAUGUUCACGUCGCUUACAAACGCGACGCUCCGCACGAGAAGAAGGGGAGUCAAGAUGGCGCUCCGAAAAGACAUUGUACAACCGGCGACGAUUGGGAGGCGGCGUGGGCCGAACAGUUGGCUGAACGACAGAAACGACUAUUGGAAGAUAAUUCGAUCGGGACGAAACGGGACAGUCCAGCCAGUUUCGCUACCCACAGUAUACAUCGUUACAUAGAAAUUGGAUUAGUCGCGGAUAGAAGGUUCCUCGACUAUUACAACAACACGGAUUACGAGCAGUAUCUAUUGACGGUUAUGAACAUGGUGUCGGAUUUUUAUCACGACAAGUCCGUCGGCAAUCAGAUCGAUGUUGUCGUCGUUCGUAUGAUAUAUUUGGAAAAAGAGAAGGAAGAGAUAGAUUUGCUCAUCAGUCCCGCAGCCGAGGAAACGUUGGCGAGUUUCGCCAAAUGGGCGGAGAAGAUGAAUCCGCCGGACUCGACCCACCCCAAUCAUCACGACAUUGGAGUUCUCGUAACCAGAUACGACAUCUGUUCAGAAGGAACGAAUUGCGAUCUGAUGGGCUUAGCCUAUGUCGGAGUCGCCUGCAAUCCUGCCAAAGCAGCCUGCAUCAACGAAGACAGUGGUCUUUUGCUUGGAAUCGUAGUUGCCCAUGAAGUUGGUCACGUAAUGGGCUGUGCGCACGAUGAGCCAGAUGUCAGCGGAUGUCCAUCUAAAGAUUCUACGGAUGAUAGUUUCUUUCUCAUGUCGCCUAUCGUAUUCCUCUUUACGAUUAGGUGGUCCUCCUGUAGCAGGAAAUUUAUCACCACUUUUCUCGAGAGCGGCUUGGGCGAGUGUCUAAACGAUGACCCGAAAAAUCCUUCGGAUAAAUUCAAGUACCCGAACAUGUUGCCCGGCGCGAUGUACAAUCCAGACGCUCAAUGUAGCAUGAUGUUCCCUGAAGGAAUAUGGUGUAAAAAUCCUGAGCAUAGAACUUGCGAGUAUCUUUGGUGCAAGGUCAAUGAAACAGGCUGUUUGUCUCAUGGGUAUCCUAUGGCCGAUGGAACGAAAUGCGGCGAGAAUAAGUGGUGCAUGCGAAAGCAGUGCGUGGACAUAGGCACACGACCUACAGCGGUGCACGGUGGUUGGGGCAAAUGGGGCCCAGCGGGCAGUUGCAGUAGAACUUGCGGCGGUGGCAUCAAAGUCGCUGAAAGAGAAUGCGACAAUCCACCACCGGCGAAUGGAGGUAGAUAUUGUAUGGGCGAAAGAAAGAGGCUGACCGCGUGCAACACUACGCCCUGUGAUCCCACCAAGCCGUCGUUCUACGCGUACCAAUGCUCGUUGUUCAACAACGUAAAGGUCUUAACUGACGGCCUCCAUACAUGGUCACCGUACUACGCUCCUAACAAUGAUCGCUGCGCUUUGUUUUGCAUUAACGAAAAACGCAGUUUCGCCAAAGUCGCGGCAUCGGUGAACGAUUCGACACCGUGCAAACCUGGAACCAACAAUAUGUGUGUCGGUGGUGUAUGCAGGAAAGUCGGUUGCGAUUGGAUAUUUGGUUCGGACGCUGUCGAGGACAAGUGUGGAAUUUGCAAGGGUGAUGGUACUAAGUGCAAAGCGGUAGAAGGAUUCUACAAUACGACCCUCGUAACGAGUCGUUACAUGAAGAUAGUGACGAUACCCAAAGGUGCCCGAAGCAUAACCGCCGAGGAAGUGGCACCGUACAGAAACUCACUGGCAAUAAGAUACGAGAAGAACGACGUUUAUUGCUUGAAUGGAAAUAUGACCGAGCAAAGAAACGGUGACUACCCAUGCGCGAACGCGAUAAUUAUUUACCAGCAUCCUGAACCAAAAAGAGAGGAAAUUUAUAUAAAGGGCCCCAUUGCGGAGGAUAUUCGUCUAGAAUACGUGUUCUAUAACCCGACCUUCAAUCCUGGGAUCCGUUAUGAAUAUUACGUGAUGUCCAGUGAUCCGUCAUAUACGCCUAAAUACAUAUGGGAUUUCACGGAGUGGUCCGAAUGCACCGCUAAAUGCGGUGGUGGCACAAUGGUUUCUGAGCCGGCGUGUAUCGAGGAGAACAGUGGCAAAGUGACUCCCAGUUUCUGCAAAGACAUACCGCGACCAGAUCCGAAAAGCCGUAUUUGCAACGCAGAGCCUUGCCCCGCAAAGUGGAGAGUAAGCCAAUGGAGCAAGUGCAGUGCCUGCGACGGCAAGAAAGGAACUAGACAUCGCAAAGUGCAGUGCGUAAAACCUGCUGCGCGUGCAGGCGAGGACGAUGUGCAAGCAAAUUUCAACGCGUGCAAAGGUCGCGUGCCAAAGCAACAAGAAGAAUGCGUCGGUAAGAGACCGUGUAAAAAGACCUGCCCGAAGAGGAGCCGGGACGUGAAGAAGGACGUUCCGGCAGAGAAGGAGAAGCAGCCGAUAUCCCCGAAAGAACAAUCGAGACUGAUCGACAAAUUCGUGGAUUUGAGUUUAGCUCGGUACCUGGAGAAGUCGCGCAGCGGUCUGUCGAUCGAAGCGAACGAAUUCGAAGGGACAGGGGACCUAGCCAAAUUCCGACAACUUCUUCGUGACUGGUCGAUCGCGGACAUGGAUAAGAAGAAACGUGGCACUUGCCCGAAGAAGUUUACCACGCCGAAGCCAGGUUCGAUCAUAAAGGACGUGGUAUUGGAGAAGAACGUGGUGCUAAUGGAGGCACCGUACGUGGACGAUGGCCUUCAGGCGAAUUUGUCGGACAAGGCGUUUCAGCAAUCCGGUGAUGUCGUCGGUAUUGGCAUCGACACGUCUCGCCAGAAGGUUUACAACGGCUCGAAAGCAAUUCAGAAGAUCGAGCAUCUGCUUAAUCCAAAGACCACGCCCGCGGCUGGCACUUAGAGUAACGCUUAUGACCAUUUGGCUCG